AUGAAUACACUUUCAGUACGUGAUCUUUGCUGUCUUUUCUGUUGUCCACCCUUACCGUCCCGUAUUGCUGCGAAACUCGCUUUUCUUCCACCUGAGCCAACGUAUUCUCUACAUGUAGCUGAUAUACUUACUCCAUCGAAUGGUAGUACGGGUCAGAAAGAUUCAUCGUUAUCUAAAGGCAAAUCUUCGUCUGACGCGAAUACACCUAUUCGAUAUAAAAUUGUUUUCUCUGAAAAAGCCGAAUGGCAACACUCACAAUCAGAUAUCGCAAAAUUAGAACCAUACUUUGUCACGACAUCACGGCAUAAUCGUAUUGCGUGUCUGUAUGUGAAUUGUACACCCAAUCCGAAAUAUCAUAUUCUAUUCAGUCAUGGCAAUGCUGUCGAUCUUGGUCAAAUGGCAAGUUUCUUUAUUGUCUUGGGAACGCGAUUGCAGUGCAAUAUUAUCAGUUAUGAUUAUUCAGGUUAUGGCGCUUCGCAAGGAAAAGCAAGUGAAAAAAAUAUGUAUGCUGAUAUCGAAGCAACCUAUAACUCCAUCAAACAACGAUACCAUAUUCCUGAAUCAAAAGUCAUUCUCUACGGACAAAGUAUUGGCACUGUGCCAACGAUCGAUUUAGCUUCACGACGUAGUGAAUGCUGUAUUGCAUGUAUCUUACACAGUCCAUUGACAUCCGGAAUGCGUGUCGCAUUUCCCGAUGCAAAACGCACAUGGUGUUGUGAUGCCUUUCCAUCUAUAGAUAAGAUUCAUCGUAUACGCUCGAUUGUUCUGAUUAUACAUGGUACAGAAGAUGAUGUUAUUGAUGUCAGUCAUGGUUUUGCUCUCUACAAUCGAGUGCAUACACCGCACCAAAUCGAACCAUUAUGGGUAGAUGGCGCUGGACAUAACGAUAUUGAAGCACACGGCCAGUAUGUCGAAAGAUUAUUACGGCUAAUUGAUGUAGACAUUCCACAAAUAUAUUUGAAGAAGCAACAAUCAGAGCAACAACAACAACAGCAACAGUUGUCAUCAUCAAUGUCAACUCCACCAACAUUGGCAUCCACACUUAUCAUACCAGCUUCGACAACUAGUGGGGCAAAUUGA